AUUAUCCACCCCUCUUACCCUUUCUCUUUUUUUUUUAUUUUUUAUUAAAAACAUCACAUCAUCUUAUACCGUACAAUUCGAUAUCAUAUUAAACAACUAAUUUUAUAAUUUAAAAGUUCAUGGGUACUCCUGCAGACUUUGACGAUGAAGAAUUCGGUUUUCGUUUUAAACGCUUUGUAAGAUCUCCUUUAUCGACAAGUCAUAUUGUCAAUUCUAAUGAUGAAAACUAUCACAACAAAACCAACAACAACGCAAAACAAAAAGGGAAAAGUGUUGAAAAAAGGGGUCCAAUUCAACUACAAACUCCAGAAGAAAGGAAUCCCUUUACACUCUCUCCAUUAUCACCAUAUACAUCCUCCAGUAUACUUGAACAAAAACAAUCUCAACGCUCUAUUGAUAUUUAUACCCUAUCUCCUGAACCAACUGAACCUCAAAACUAUGUAACAAUCGACUCUACUCCAAGUCCAAUAUCAUCUCCAGAACGUAUUAGUAACAACAUUACACCAUCGGGUGGAGACGUUAUUAUCCUCUCAUCACCAUCCAAAGAAAUCCCUACUUCAGAAUAUUAUACAUCCAUAGAAUCCGAUUUACCCAACACUGAACGUAUGCGACAGUUACUAUUGGCGGGUUUACGAUAUCAAACCAAGCAACAAUACUCUUCUAUUCAAAUAGCUGAUGAUGAUGAUGAUCAGACUGAACAACAACGAAUUAUGGUCCAAAAUGAACUUCGGAAUAUCCACCUUCAAGUCAUCUCCAAAUUGGCUAAUGGCGAUAUGGAUCCGUAUCGAAAUCAACAAUCAGCUGAAAAAUCAUCUUUCUUUGCCUAUGCCGAACGUCACCGCAGAAACGAAUACAACAGGGAUCGGAUAAGAAAAGCGAAACUUUUGAUUGCAAAGUUGAAGGAAGAUAGUCAAGCACGACGACAAGCAACAGGAAGGAUAUACGAAUACCACGCAUUAGCGACGGAUUCAUGCCCGGAAACUGACAAGAAAGUCCAUCUUGGAGCAUGUGAAGACUAUCUGGAUAAUCUUUAUGAUGAUCAGCGACUUUUUUACGAAUCUUAUGGAUUAAGGAAUGAUGAUGAUACCGACUCCACUUCUUCAAUAAACUUUACACCAUCGCUACAACAACUAUUAUUACGGACUAGCUAUGAUGUGGCAGAGUUACGACAACAGCUCAACAUUGCUUACGAGUAUCAGAAACAAACCGGUGUUUUUACUGAUCGAUUGCUACGGGCCAUUGCGACACGACUGAAAAGAAGCACACUCUGUUUACCGACUAUUCCCAGCAAUACAGGUAGCACAGUGGUCUCGAAUAAUGAAGAUAAAGACCAGAUCUCAACCUUACCAUCAUCAUCAUUAUCAGCAUCACCAUCAUCAUCAUUAUCAAUAUCAAAACGAGAUAUGGAUUUACUACAAGAUGAUUACAUGGAACAACGCAUUAAGAAACGACGACUAUUGCUGGGGGACAAGGAUGAUUCUGACAUGGAUGCCAAAAGGAAUUUUGAAUUUUUACGACUCUUAUCCAAACAAUUAUCUCAAUAAAUGUUAUCUAUUAUAUUGAUCAUAUUAACGAAUGAUGUAUCUUU